AGUGUGAGCUGCUGAGAAUGUGUAGUCUGUGCUGACACCUGAGUAUGUGAUCUGCAGCCAGCAAAUAUCCAUAGUGCAGUAUGGGCAGUGAGUGCUUAGUCACUGGCUGUAAUGCAGGUUUACAGCCCAAACUGAUUUUCCUAUGUUUUUGAGUCAGAAGUUCCAAUGAAACCAUAAAAGCAUGGCUGCUGAGAAUAGAGACGCAAUAUUCUGGUAUCAGAAGAAAAUUGGAGCCUAUGAUCAGCAAAUAUGGGAGGAGUCAGUGGAACAGAAGGAAAUCAAGGUGAAGGGUCUGAAAAAUAAACCAAAGAAAAUGAAGUAUAUGAAAUCGGACCUAAUUGAUGUUGAUCUGGUCAGAGGUUCCACAUUUGCCAAAGCUAAACCUGAAAGCCCAUGGACAUCCCUUACUCGGAAAGGGUUAGUAAGGGUGGUACUACUUCCUGUGUUUUGCAAGUGGUGGAUGCGUGUGACCAGCCCUGGUGUCUUCACUUGGCUUUUGGUGCUUUACAUCAUGCAAGUGACAGCUUUCGUGCUGCAUUGCAUGGUUUCUGUGGCAAGUGUGACUGAGCAGGCUGGACCAAUGUGCCUGAUGCUGCUCCUAGGAACGGUUCAUUGUCAGAUUGUCUCCACACAGGGCAAUAGGGUGUCAGAGUCAAAUGACGGAAAGAAACAGAGAAAAUUACACAAAUCACAGAAUGGUGAUGAUGACAAAAAGGAAUUCAGCAAAUACUCGAAGGCACCAUCUUCCUGCAAUCGACUGAAAUCCCUCCUCUGCAAAAGUAUUGAUAGGAAAGUUCUUCCCAAGAAAACCUCCUCGUCUUACGGUGACCCGCACAGUGAGAUUACUGGAUGGAGAGAAGCAGAUUCCUGCAUUCAAGAAUCCAGUUGCUUAGCAUUCAAGUAUAUAUCAGAUGAAGGGAAGAAGCAGUGUGGAAUGAGACAGGACAGUAAAGGAAUGUCAGAUGAUUUGACAAGCGAGGAAGAUGCAAAUGCAAGGAGUGAUUUCUCGUCUCUGAGGAGCGUAGAUGGGGCAUCAAGUGAUAAUGGAUGCACAUUGACCAGGAGGAACAGGAACGCGUGUGUCCAUCAUAGUUCUCAGGAAAAACAUAGAGUGUUAAAAAAUAACCAAUGUGUCCAGGAAUCUGAUAGUUCUGUGGACACAGGGGAAGAAUCUUUCAUGAGCCAGGGCUACAGAUCUGGUGUAAGUUAUAGUUCUCAAAGUUACACAGUCUCACAUCAGGACUCUGAGAGUAAUCGACAAGGGUCAGAGACAGAAGAUAUGCUUAUAGAUGACUUACUGCAUGGACCUCAAUGCCGAUCCUCAUGUGAAAGUGACAGUGAUGAUGACCUCUCACAGGACUAUGUUGGAAGUAACAGGAAGUCUCCAGUAAAAGAUGCUUUUCAUCUGAAUCACCCGAUUUGGCUGCAAGGCACAAGUCCCACAUCUGAGAAAAUUAGUGCCAUCAUAUGGGAGAAGAAUGAGUGUAAGAAGGCAGAUAUGUCUGUACUGGACAUCAGUGGGAUCAUCAUGAAACAAGUUGGCUCCUAUGAACAUGGUGUGGGAUACCAGAUGCUAGGAAAUAUGGUCACUCUGGCUUUGAGUGCAUUCCCUUUUUGCUUUCAUUUAUGUCAACGGGACAUGGAAAAGAUCUUUUCACUGACCAGCAAGGAGUAUCUGGCAAUCUUCUGUGGUGGACCCCCAACACCUCUGCUCUUCAUUAUGUCAUUCAUUAAUCUGGUGCUUCGCAUCUGUCUCACAUGGAUAUUCUUCUUCAUGAUGUGCGUGGCAGAACGAACAUAUAAACAGAGAUUUCUGAUAGCGAAGUUAUUUAGCCAUCUCACCUCUGCCAGGAAGGCUCUGAAAUAUGAGAUUCCUCACUUUCGACUGAAGAAGGUGCAGAAUAUUAAAAUGUGGCUGUCUCUACGCUCUUAUUUAAAGAGACGAGGACCCCAGAGAUCAGUGGAUGUAAUUGUAUCUUCAGUGUAUUUGGUAACCCUCUCUAUUGCUUUCAUUUGCUGUGCUCAGGUUCUUCAUGGACACGCAACAUUCCUAAACUAUGUUUAUAACUGGGAGUUGCUCAUCUGGGAGGCAGCAUUGCUAAUCUACCUUCUACGUCUAACUUCCUUAGGAUCUGACACCAACAAGAAAUACAGUAAUGUGUCAAUACUACUAACUGAAGAGAUCAACAUAUAUCUGAAAAUGGAAAAGAAGCCAAACAAGAAAGAACAGCUCAAUAUUGUGAAUAACGUUCUAAAACUGUCUUCCAAACUUAUCCAGGAAAUUGAUACCCCUUUCAGGCUGUAUGGACUUGCAAUGAACCCUCUAAUAUACAAUAUAAGCAGAGUGGUUAUUCUUUCUGCAGUGUCUGGUGUCGUGAGUGACCUCCUGGGAUUCAACAUUAGACUGUGGAAAAUUAAACCAUGACCUCAUUUGGAGAAACACAUCUAUGCAGACACACAGGUUGAAAUUUGUGAUCCACGUUCUCACGAGGCAAGCUUGGACAGCUCAGCAUUGCAUCCCUUACAAGAUUUGCAUGAAGAAGAAUCACUGAGAUGUCAAGAAACGUUGGAUGUCGUUCCAAGAUGGCAAAGACUGUUAAUUAGACUGCCUGUUUCAUGUGUGCCAAGUGACUUUUUAUAGCAGAUGAGUUUACUUUUUGGGUAGAAAAAGAAAAGAAAAAAAUUAUUUAUUGAAAUUUUUAAUGGAUGAUUUUUUUAUGAUUAAAUCCUGUAUUAUUUAAUAUUAAACAGAACAUAAAGUUA